GUGUGUGAGAGUACGUUUCCAAACUGCGACGCUAUUUAUUAAUUUAAAUUAAUAUUGUCUGUUGUUGACGAUCGUCCAAGGCGAACGAGUAAAACGAUAUUUAUGCCAAUUCAGUGACGGUAUGUGUAGUGCGCCUCUCGCAUACAAUACUAUUGUGCAAGUAUAUACUAAGUAUAGUAGUAGGUAUAAGUACCAUAUUCAUAAGCAGUAGACGAUUGCACGGAAUCGCCGGAACACUCGCAAUAAUUAUGUCCCCGUGCCACGUUUAUUCGAUCGAUCUGGAUACGAUUCGUUAUUACUGGUCAUUUUUUAUGAAAUCCAUCACAGUUGUAAAAGACGAUCGUUCGAUAUAUAUUUUAUCAGACGCAACGUGGGAAGAUUAAAUAAAGAUUGAUUCCAAAAUAGUUAAAUUGUAUUCAACAACCCAAGACAAACGGCCUAGGAUUAUUCACAGAAGCCUACAGAGAAUUAUAAUUUAAAAUAUCGUAAAAUACCAGUAUACAAUACUUCGACGAUCUGCCAACAGCAGCAGUUACUCUCUCGCCAGUAAGCAACUAGGCGAUGAAACGGCGGUGGAACAUGGCGGUAACCGCUACUACUGUGCUAUUAGUCACUUUGGUCGUCCGUUGCGCGGCCGGUUACGACAUACUAGCAAUAUUUCCAUUUAGCGGCAAAAGCCAUUUUCACAUGUUUCGUGCUGUUUCGGACGCCUUGACAGCACGCGGACACCAUCUCACCGUCGUCGGACACUUUCCUAAAACUCCACAGGAGCCUCAGACACUUCAGCAAUCGCAAAUUGGCGUCAUCGACAACGGCGAUGCCAAAGGUCGUGGAUCUUACACUGAUUACAGUCUAUUCGGGUCGAUGCCUGUGUAUGAAAACUUCACUAUCGACGAGGUGACGGGCAACGGUUACCUGGAAGAAAUGCUAAUAAUCCUCCAGGACGGUUUGGAUAACUGUGAAUCAGUUUUGUCUUCAGGGAAACUCAGCCAACUCAUUCAAUCCCGGGCAAAAUUCGAUCUGGUACUGGUCGAGAUCUUCAACACCGGUUGCUUCGUGUCGAUAGCCAAUCAUUUUGGGGCGCCAGUCGUCGGCAUUACUUCGACCAGCCUCUAUCCAUGGUUCGGCGGUAUGGUUGGCGACGUGGUUACGCCGUCGUAUGUCCCGGUAAACUUGUUACCAUUCACCAGCCGGAUGAUGUUUGCUGAACGCUUGAUCAACUCCGUGAUUCUGAUAGCGAUGAAAACAUAUUACAAGUUAAAAUACGAACCGGCGGCUCAAGAAAUCGUUGAUAAAUACUUAGGAAAACUCAACGGUGGUACGGUGUCCGAAUCCUUGAACGACGUCAAUGCCAUCAUCGUAAACACACACUUCGUUUUCGGAGAUUCCCGACCAGUACCGCCAGGUAUCAUUGAAGUUGGAGGAUGCACUUACAAGAAACCAAUGCCCCUGCCGCUAGAAUUGGAGCGAUAUGUGACCGAGGCCCAACGAGGUGUCAUUUACUUUUCGAUGGGUUCCAUAGUGAAAGGUUCGUCAAUACCAGCCGCCCAAUUUCAGGCAAUACUCCGGGUGUUCGGCCGACUGGAUGGCUACAGAGUGCUGUGGAAAUGGGAAGACAAUCCUCCACCGCUGGAAAUCCGUCCCAAAAACGUUAUGUUCAUGCCGUGGAUGCCUCAGUUCGACGUACUCAAUCACCCGAACGUUAAAUUGUUUAUAUCACACGGUGGUCUAAUGGGAAUACUAGACGCUCUUUAUUCGGGCGUGCCCAUCGUUGGCAUACCACUGUUCGCCGAUCAGUUUUCAAACAUGAACUUUAUCGUCCAAAACGGCUGCGGACUGCAAUUACAACUCGACUGGAUCGACGAGGAGAUCGCCAACUAUACGAUAUCUUCUAUACUUCAUGAUGAUAAGUAUGCGAAGAACGCGAAACGGCUAUCGUCACUAUACCGGGAUCGUGAUCGAGACCCGCUGAAAAAAGCUGUAUAUUGGGUCGAAUACGUUGCCAAAUAUCGAGUCAACCUGAUGCUUAAGCCGACCACUCAAGAGUGGUGGUACGAACGGUGUUUGCUAGAUGUGGUUUUUGUGGUGUUCGUUACUGUGACCUUUAUGGCAUAUUUAGCGAAAUGGGUUCUAUUCAAAAGCCGAAUGGCUACCACUACUGAUCAGUGAUCAUCGAUAGGACCAUGUUGUAUAAUAUACGAAUCCAAUAAUGGGCCACCAUAUCGAAUACCUUUGAUCAAUACGUGACUUAUAAUAUACAAACGCAAAGAAACGUAUGGAAUUGUACAAAUUUUGUCAUGCAGUGCCGUAAAAUAAAUAGGUGUUUUUGGGGAGUUGUUGCUUACAUUUAUGUAAUUAGAUAAGAAGAAGGGGAUUAAAAUUUCCGAAGGUGAUGUGAUACACCUGUAUCAAUAAAUUCAGUAAACCCUAGCUGGCUCCUCUUUAAUCAAAAAGUCUUGUUAUUUAAUUUAUUAAGCAAUAUAGAUAACAUACAGAACGUUCUGUGUACAUUUAUAUUAUAUACCCACAAUAAAUUAUUAUUUCCGAUUGUA